CCUCUGUCGCCCCUCGGCCCUCGCCCUCGUCCUUGGGCUCUCAAACCAUGCCUGCAGGUGCCAGUCCAAGUGUUACCGCAGCUGUAAAAUGGCGAAUACGACGAGACAAGCCACCUCCAGACUCACAGUGCAGAGAGAAAGACCGACUGACUGCAUCGCCAUCCAUCGCUCGCCAUCGCCAACAUCCACCUUAGAUUUCCAAGUUAACCCGUUCGUUACUCUACCAUCUCUCUCAUAACACUCAACCACAUCGACUUUCCAACAGGCAGGGCCUUCUUCAUCACUCUUCCUGCCGACAGUUUGUCCCUCUGAAGUUAUUUCCAAUUCUUCAUCCCGUCUGCAGUCUACCCCGCCCACAUCAGAGCUGCGCAAGCCUGACCUCACCCGCCGCUCUUACGCGGCUACCUGUUCAGCAUGCCCGAGGGAAAUCUGCCUGCGGACCCCAAUCUCCGAGUCACGAUCAUCGCUGCCGACGGGCUGUACAAAAGAGAUGUCUUUCGUUUCCCCGACCCUUUUGCCGUUGCGACCAUUGGUGGUGAACAAACGCGGACCACCUCGGUCAUACGAAAGACCUUGAACCCUUAUUGGAACGAGGUCUUUGACAUGAAAGUGACCGAGGACAGCAUAUUAGCCAUACAAAUCUUCGACCAGAAGAAAUUCAAGAAGAAGGACCAGGGUUUCCUCGGUGUCAUCAACAUCAGAAUUGGCGACGUUUUGGACCUAGACAUGGGCGGAGACGAAAUGCUGACCCGCGACCUGAAGAAGUCCACCGACAACCUCGUGGUCCACGGAAAACUGAUUGUCAAUCUUUCCACUAACCUCACCGCACCUCCUCCCACCCAACAGAACCGCCCCGCCCCAAGCACCGCCCCCAGUGUCAAUGGAUCGAGCUCAUACCCCAGCAACACCAACGUCAACGCAAAUAUGCCAGUUCGUAGCAGAAGCCCUGUCCCACCACGUACGACCACGUCGGGUUCCGGGGAAGCCAGAGCAGCUCCCCUCACCGCAAAUGGUUCGAGCUCGACCUUGCCUUCAGCCAACGGCACAGGUGCUGCAAGAUCUGGCGGCUUCAGCUCGUUCGAAGAUAGUCAAGGUCGACUACCCGCAGGCUGGGAACGCAGGGAGGAUAAUCUCGGCCGAACAUACUACGUGGACCACAAUACUCGAACCACCACCUGGACUCGACCAUCCAACCACCUGAGCGAAUCCGAACAGAGGACCCGUGUUGAGGCAAACAUGCAAAUCGAACGACAACGACACCAGAACCGCAUGCUUCCAGAAGAUCGCACAGGAUCCAACUCGCCCAACCUCCAGGAUUCUCGUGGAACAUCUCCUUCGCAGCCAAACGCCGUUUCCAUGAUGGCAACGGGAGCCACCACCGCGGGCACUGGCGAGCUACCAGCUGGCUGGGAGCAAAGACACACUCCGGAGGGACGAGCUUACUUUGUCGAUCACAACACUCGAACCACCACUUGGGUCGAUCCCCGGCGCCAGCAAUACAUCCGGAUGUACGGAAACAAUCCGGCCGGCAACAACACCACGAUUCAACAGCAACCCGUUUCACAGUUGGGUCCUCUGCCGAGCGGGUGGGAAAUGCGACUUACCAACACUGCACGGGUCUAUUUUGUCGAUCACAACACGAAGACCACGACAUGGGACGACCCCAGGCUGCCGUCCUCGCUUGAUCAAGGCGUGCCUCAGUACAAACGUGAUUUCAGGAGGAAGCUCAUCUACUUCCGAUCCCAACCCGCUUUACGCAUUCUCUCGGGCCAGUGUCACAUCAAGGUGCGCCGUGGAGCCAUUUUCGAAGAUUCGUAUGCGGAGAUCAUGCGACAGAGCGCUACCGAUCUCAAGAAGAGGUUGAUGAUCAAGUUUGAUGGCGAAGACGGCCUUGACUAUGGCGGUCUAUCUCGUGAAUUCUUCUUUUUGCUUUCGCACGAAAUGUUCAAUCCCUUUUACUGUUUGUUCGAAUAUUCGGCCCACGACAACUACACUCUCCAGAUCAACCCUCACUCGGGCAUCAACCCAGAACAUCUCAACUACUUCAAGUUUAUCGGGCGAGUGGUGGGCUUGGCUAUCUUCCACCGUCGCUUCCUUGAUUCGUUCUUUAUUGGAGCAUUCUACAAGAUGAUGCUGCGCAAGAAGGUUGCCAUCAACGACAUGGAAGGCGUGGACGAGGAGUACCACAAGAAUCUGACGUGGACCUUGGAUAAUGACAUCACCGAUAUCCUAGACCAGACCUUUUCCAUUGAGGACGAACAAUUUGGUGAGACCAAGACCAUCGACUUGAAACCAGGUGGUCGAGACAUUCCGGUGACGAACGAAAACAAGAGAGAAUACGUCGAGUUGGUGACGGAGUGGAAGAUCCAGAAGCGUGUUGAAGAGCAAUUCAAUGCAUUCAUCACGGGGUUCAAUGAGCUGAUUCCGGCGGAUCUGGUCAACGUGUUUGACGAGCGAGAACUUGAGCUCCUGAUCGGCGGUAUCGCCGACAUUGACGUGGAAGACUGGAAGAAACACACGGAUUACCGUGGUUACCAGGAACAGGACGAGGUGAUUCAGCACUUCUGGAAGGUGAUUCGGUCCUGGGACGCGGAACAAAAGAGUCGUCUACUCCAGUUCGCGACAGGUACAUCGCGAAUUCCAGUCAACGGAUUCAAGGAUCUGCAGGGCAGCGAUGGCCCUCGGCGAUUCACGAUUGAGAAGGCAGGGGAGAUUAAUGCUCUGCCUAAGAGUCACACAUGUUUCAAUCGACUUGAUCUACCACCAUACAAGAGCUAUGAUGUGCUCAACUCGAAGCUUUCAACGGCGGUUGAAGAAACACUCGGGUUUGGGCAGGAGUAAAGAUGUUGAUACAGACUCACAUAUUCGAAAGUGUUUAGUGCGAUUUUGGCACGUGACUAUUUAUGCCACAGGGACGAUGGCGGUAUAUGGUACCUUUGCACAGCAUCAUGGGGAGGCUGCCACUCGAUGUCACGAGUCACGGUUGCUAGUCUCGGUAUUGUUAGGUCGUGGAGACCACAUUGUGGCAAUGAUCAAAGCUCAGCAACACUGGCAUGGUGGAAGAUGUUGGUACCAUAGAGUGGGUUGAGUGGAUGAUUGGACGGUGGCAAGUCCAAUGGACGUCCCGUCCCGUUGCCAUACGGGAGCAAGCCUGUGUGUCGGUGUACAGCCGGGGGACGAGCAUAGGGAGAAAAGAGAAAAGGUCGAGAUGACAGGAUCCUGUUGGAGACUGGUGAUGGGGGUCGAUGCAGCCGAGUCAAGGACGAAGAGGGUCGAGCGGUGCCCUCGAGGAUGAAGCCUGGUUAGACACGAUAUGAAGUUGGUUUGGGACAUGAAAUGAAGUGGCGGGCGUUGAGGGAUAUUGCUAGGUAGGUCUUGUUUAGUACCUACCUUGAGACAGAGUAACCACCAAUGGACUUUUUGAACCCAAUAGA